AAGCGAGGGGAGGGUGGGAGGAGGAUAAGAUGAGAGGGGAGACGCGAGGGAUCCUUCUGGAUCGCACGAACAAGUGAUUCCUUGAAUUCCACGGUUGUUGGGGAAUUGUGGUUGAAAGAAGCUGGGUGUAAUUUCUUUACGACGUAUUCCGUAUUAUCGAAGAUUGGAUUGUGGAAGAGGAAAGGAGAGGAAGGAAGAUUUGGCAGAGGCGAGAGAGUUGGAGGAGGAGGAGGAGGAGGAGGAGAGAGCGAAGAAAGGGCGGAGGAUCGGUUGGAUCAGAAGGAGAACAGAGGCGCCACGUCUCAACUUUGGAAACAGAAAUGAGUUGAGAAUCGACUACGAUGUUGAGUCGUCUUUCGGCCGUGGUGGCCUCCAUUUUGGUUCACCAGCUACAUGUUUUGUGUGCCGCCACUUCAUUAGGUGCUAAGCCGUUUCCUGGACUGGAAAACCUGCCUAGGUCGUUCUGGCAUGAGCUCAGUUCGCCUUUUACCGAGGUAUACGAGGUGGAAAGUUUCGCUACAGAAACGGGCGGCACUCCAGAACCGAGGCCCUUUUUCGAAGAUCCAGAGAGCAACAUUACCGUGCAACUCGGUGCUCAAGUAUACAUGCACUGUAGAGUACAAAACUUGCAGGAUACACUCAAGGUGUCCUGGGUGCGCAGACGUGGCGACGAGCUGCACUUGCUCACGAUCGGCCUCGACACGUACGCGAGCGACUCGAGGUUCUCGCUCGCCUUGGAGAAGCCGAAUGAUUGGCGGUUGCUUUUAAGUUCGGCGACCGAACGAGACGGCGGCGUGUACGAGUGUCAAGUCAGUGCUCAUCCCCCAUUAAUCAGAACUGUCCAUCUGACGGUGUCAGUGCCGAAGGUAGAGAUCGUGGACGAGCACGGGGCAACGGCUGGUGACAAAUUUUACAAAGCUGGGAGUACGAUAGAAUUGAAGUGUGUGGUCAGCAAUAUACCGCAACCUACCGGAUACGUUACGUGGCGCCAUGGAUCCCGAACGUUGAAUUACGAUACUACUCGUGGAGGAAUCAGUGUGAAGACGGACAUGGGCGCCAGUGGUGCGAUAUCCAGGCUCUACAUUGCAAACGCGAAUAAAAAAGACAGCGGGAAUUACAGUUGCGCAUUGGCGGAUGUGGCGGCCGCCACCACGGUUUCCGUCCACGUAUUAAAUGGCGAGAAUCCAGCAGCCAUGCAACACGGUGGUUCAACAGAAGUGAGAGCGACAUCCCUCGUCCUCGUCGUCAUUUCGUUGCUGUUCUCGUCACUCUUGAGGUGACCGUGAUGUCUCGAUCAUUCUGUUGGCCUGCAAUUCGAAUGGUGCUAACUCCUUUCUUCCUCGUGGCGAAUUAAAUGCGAGGGGAUGUCGAGGGAAUCGAAACGAUCCUCUCUCCUCGGGACGUCUCUUCGAAUUUCUCGCGUGGCGAGUUUCCCAAAGGGACGUGUGUGCACGCUCACGCAAUUGUACAUCGUGCGAGACGAAUUAUAUCAAGAGACGAGGACAAUUUUAACCGCGUUACGAGAGAAGAAGGCAGUAACGAAUCAAUAACAAAAAUUUCUCGAUCGUAUACGUAUAUAAAAUAAACCACGAAGCAAAGAGAGACUUUUGUGAGACUGGAAUCACUGUUUUUUUUACGAAAGAUCUACUCCAUUCUUGUUUCGUUCCUAACCCCUCCCUCUUUUUUUUAAACUACGUAAAAUGGAAACGUGAAAUUUCCCCCAAAGACAACGAAGUUUCGCCCCUUUGUCGAGAAUUCAUUCCUGUUUACCAACGCUCAAGGUUUGCCAAUUUCGUGCGCAACAUUCCACGCGGACUAUUUUCGAACGAUCCCCACUUUGAGCGAUAUCAAGAGAGAAAACCGAUUUUUCUUCGGUCCAUUCGUAAAAGUCUGACCCCUAUUGUGCGCUUGUUCGAUAAAAUUUCGAACGAAUAUUGCAAAAAAAGAAAAAAAAAAAGAAAAAAAAAAGAUCGUAUACGAAUUACCAUGAUAAGGAUUUCGUUCGAACGGAUUGACAUAUCAAUUAUUUUCCAAGAACGAGAAUACCUUACAAUUAGUGGAAACCAAUCCGAUCGUUACGAGUAUAAUAUAUAUAUCUAUAUAUCAUUCGAGGAGAUAGAGGGAUGGAAAAAAAAAUAUUUUCGUCGCAUUUGUUGCAGCUGGAAACGCGUGGAAUUGAACAGAGUCUGUUCCUUUGAAACUAGAAGAGAGUUUUGAGAAUAAAUACCGACCAUUGUUUACCCGAAUCGAGCACGCUUGGAACAAAAACUGUGCCAAAAAAGUGGAAGCUGCGAAAGUCACCGAGAGUUGUCGAGAUACUUUUUAUUGCCUUUAUUCCGGUUUCGUUCGAUGUAGUUUUGCUCUCUCGUCUUUUUUAACGAGGGAAUCAAAGGAAAUUUAUUUACAGAAUUUGAAUAACAAGCGAGGCAUGUUGAAUACGCGUGUAAAUAUCAAGAAUAUUUCAAAGCGAUUUUACGAAGAGAGGGAUGAAAAAUGUAUUUUCGCGUAUUUUAUCUUUUUACAUUUGAAUAUAGACUUGCUAGAUUUCACUCGAUUAAUUUGCGCGUGAUCCGAAAAGUUUUGAUGAAUAUACAUGGGAGGCCUUUGUGGUUAUCGUGCGCAAGUUUCACGGGGGAGAAACAAAGAGAUAUUUUCUUGAAUCGAGUUUGAAACUUUGUCUGUAUUUUCUUUCAGCUUGAUAAGAUUCGUACGUCGAAGAAAAUUUUCGUGAACUUAAAUUAAGAAAAACUGUUUGAAAAUAAAUUCGAGGGAAUAAGUUGCUUGAAUGUAUCUUGUCGUGAUCUUUGUUGAAAUAGAAGGAAUCUUUUAGGCCAUAGAUUUCUAUGAAAAUUUGAUUCAGUCUCGAUGUAGAAUCGAUAACUUUGAAUCGCAUUAUCUAUUUUAUUUUUGACAUCAUGUAAAAUAAAUAUUGUAAACGUUCGAGUGAACCAAGUGAAGUUAUGAAAAUUUUCAAUUUCAAUUUUAAAUUUCGUUCUUGAUUAAUUACAAAAAGUAAUCUUUUAUAAAUGAUAUAAAUUCAAUUAUUUUAAAUUAUACGAUAUUAUCAAUGGAUUAAAAAUCAUCAAGAAUUUAUUAAAUAUGAAUUCCUCUUACACCAUUAUGAUUUCCAAUCCUCUUAAACCAGGAAAAAAUUUUCACUUCUCCGUUCGGCGGCUGAAUCAAACUCUUUCUCGAAAAAAGAAAAAAAAUAAAAAAUCGAGUCUCGAUACCGCACAAUUUUACAUUUUAUCCUAUAAUUCAAAUCCAAACGAGUUUCGGCCCCGAUGUAUUCCGCCUACUCCUAAAAUUACUGCCAAACAAUGUGAUUCAACUCGACGAUUCAACCCGCCACGCGCGCGCAAUCACCUCUCACCGAUCUCUUCAACCGUGUGAAAAGCGCAACAACCCCUGGUAUAACGUUACCAGAGAAAGAAACAUCGACGCGAGAGGUGAGAGCGCAAACAUGACGAUACGUCGCGAAAGUUGAAGCGUCGAAUAAUGGGAGAUCUCGCGACGACGAGCGUUCGAAAUUAUUACACGAUAUAAAGUUCCCGUUUCUACGUGGCGCCUGGAACGCGCAACCAGCCAGACAAUGACCGCUCAUAAAAUUUCGAAUCCCUCGCGCUUUAUCCCUCCCUCUCUCCCUUCCCUCUUUUUCUCUCCGUUCGUCGCUUCGCUCCUAUGCAAAUCUGUCUUCACCUCGCCCCACAGUUGCAAAUUUAACACUUUGAUUGCCAGACCGUUCGCAGGACAAUCAUUUUUGCAUCGGUCACUGGGCCCAUGCAACCAACUCGCCAAAUGCGCUUGUAUAAACGCCGAUCGAUCUGUCCAAUUCACGUCCACCCACUCUAUGACGUACAACCGCGCGUGUUAAUCGGUUUUGCCGCGCGGGUUUGAUAUUUUUCCCUCCCUCUCUCUUUUUUUCUUCUCCCUUCUUUAUUCGUAUCCCUCUUUUUCACUCGUCGGGGAGUGAAGGGUGGCGCGAAAGGGGUGACCUCGGUUACUGACCCGUCUAUCCCGCGUGACGGCGACCAGUUCCUCCGUGACGAAGCAUGGACGAGUUUGAUUCUGCUCGGUUGAUUUCGAUCAAGAAUAAAAGGGGAGGGGAAGGAUGAUAAAGUUUCAAUGAAACUUUUGAAAUUUUCUAUGCAUUAUUCGUGAGAUUUUGAUACGAUUCUAUCAAAAUGGUUUACGCCAGAGGAGAGGUAAACAAAAUUAAAUCUGUUGAAGAAAGAAAAAUUAGGUUUCCGUUCGUUUCUCGAUUCGAUUCCCUUUUAGAUUUCUUUUUUACGUUGUUUUUAUUAUUCGUAUUUUUUUCGAGUUAUCAAUUAAAUUGAAGGAUGCACACGAUUUUCUUUUUCGUAUUUGUAAGGAUAAAAUAAAAUUUGGUAUCUGGAACAACUUAUAUAUAUAACCGUAAAGAGAACCUUUUAAUUUUACAUCCUAUUUCUCUCAUCCUAUUGUUCUUUCUCGAGAAUCGAUCCAAUAGAGGGCGAUAAAAUUCGAAUAACAAUGAACCUCUUGUGCUGAAAAAUUUUUUUGAAUUACAUACCUACGCUCUUUUGUGCGCCGAACCCUUGUCCAGGCUUUCAAUCAACUAAACAAAACAUCGAUAUCCAUGAAAAGCAAAUAAAAAAAGAUGCAUCUGCUAAAAAAUAGUAAUAUCGCUUCGCACGUUUCAUACUCUCCCGUUUCUAUAUAUUUAUUAUAUUGUAUUUUCUUAAAAAAGAAUCAUUUUUAAAUUUAAAAAAAAAAAAACAAAGAAAAUUAAAAACUUUUCGAUAUUAUUUACAUUACAAUUUUUCCAUUUCCGAUAUCAUUUUAUUCAUCGAAAAUUAUUUUUAAUUGAAAGAAAAUCAUGUAAUUUACUUUCACAUUCUCUAUUUCAAUAUACAUGUAAUACCUUAUUCCAUUAAAAAAUAAUUUUCAAAUUUUUCAAAAAAAGAAAAUAAUUCGAAUUGUUUGUUUCGAUACGUUUUAUAUUCUCUAAAUUUCAAUUUCUCUGUAUCUUUCAAUUUAUCAAGAAUUCUUUUUGAUCGUGUAAUUUCAUUUCAUCCUGCGUUUCUACGUAUAAUAGUCUACCUUCCUAAAAAAUAAUUUUCAAAGUUUUCAAAAAAAUAUUCGAAACGUUUCGAAAUAUUCUCUACGUUUCAAUUUCUCCACCUAUCAUAUAUAUAUAUCUCUGUUCACAAAAAAAAAAGAAAA